GCCAGGCUGCAGCUGCCCGCCUCCGGAAGCGGUAGCCGGGCCUUAGCGGAAGCGAGGCGGGGCUCGGUCUCUUUGGUGCUGGUGGCCAGGCAAGAUGACGAAGGGUACAUCGUCAUUCGGUAAGCGGCGAAAUAAGACUCACACCUUGUGUCGCCGAUGUGGGUCCAAGGCGUACCAUCUGCAGAAAUCUACCUGUGGAAAAUGUGGUUAUCCUGCUAAGCGUAAGAGAAAGUAUAACUGGAGCGCAAAGGCUAAAAGACGCAACACCACUGGUACUGGUCGCAUGAGGCACCUGAAAAAGGUCUACCGUCGGUUCAGGAAUGGAUUCCGUGAGGGAACCACCCCGAAGCCCAAGAGAGCAGCUGUUGCAGCCUCCAGUUCAUCAUAAAGACUCAUCUGUUUGUUAAAAUAAAUGGUCUUAUACAGAAAAUCUGUCACCUUUUAUGUUCUACUUCAGUGAAAUGGAGGAUUCCUGAAAAUACGUAUAUUUACACACAGUGUUUCUUGAUCGUAUGCAUUGAAGCGAUUUAUUAAAAACAAUCCUUUCA